CUAUGGUUAGUUCAUCGGUGAGGUUUGAGAGUUAUUCACUACACACACACAAAAAAAAAAAUAUUGAGUGUCUUCCCCCAAAAACAAAAUUGGUAGAUAACAGCAAAUAGUUCUUGAAUUUUUACAAUUUUUUUUUCGCAAUUUCCUCCUUACUGUUCUGUUGUUUCCUGCUCAUUCGAUCCGUUUCUGUGAAUCAUCUGUCUUUCAAAAACAAAACCAAGCUUAUGAAACUGUGUUUAUUUCUUUGUUUUGAUUUAAAAGGCAGGUAUUUUCAGAACGAGAUCUUUUUUUCAUAUUUCUUCUGAUUUUACCUCAUUUUUCUUUUUCUUUUCUUCUUGUAGAUUUUUAGUUCUUCGAGGGUGAAUUUUUUUUUUUAAAAUUCCCUCUUUUAGGAGGAUCUACACAAAGGUUGCUUAUUUCAAACCUUUUAGAUCCAUUUUAAUUUUUAUUUUUCUUGAAUUUUCUCGGAAAAAUCUCCUGUUUCUUUACUUUUGAUAAGACUCAGGUUUACUUUUUUCGGAUUCAUUUCUAUUUUAAAAAAUCUCUUCAGAAAUGGCAGCUGCUAUGAAUAUGUACAGUAGUAGCACAACGUUUCAAGAAUCAUCAGAUUCGUUUGGUGGUGGUGGUGAGCUCAUGGACGCGCUUGUACCUUUUAUCAGAAGCGUUUCCGAUGAUGCUCCUUCUUCUGCGUUUCUUCAUCCCGCAGCCUCUGCGUCUGCGUUUUCUCUUCCUCCUCUCCCCGGUUAUUACCCGGUUAACGUUGACUCUUCUUCAACAACGUUCUUGACCCAGCCGUUUUCAUACGGGUCGGACCUUCAACAAACCGGGUCAUUGAUCGGACUCAACAACCUCUCUUCUUCUCAAAUCCACCAGAUCCAGUCUCAGAUCCAUCAUCCUCUUCCCCCGACGCAUCACAGCAACACUUUCUCGAACCUUCUCAGCCCGAAGCCGUUGCUGAUGAAGCAAUCCGGAGUCGCCGGAUCUUGUUUCGCUUACGGUUCAGGUGUUCCUCCGAAGCCGACGAAGCUUUACAGAGGUGUGAGGCAACGCCACUGGGGGAAAUGGGUGGCUGAGAUCCGUUUGCCGAGGAAUCGUACCCGUCUUUGGCUCGGGACCUUUGACACGGCGGAGGAAGCUGCGCUGGCCUAUGAUAAGGCCGCGUAUAAGCUGCGCGGCGAUUUCGCCCGGCUUAACUUCCCAAACCUGCGUCAUAACGGAUCUCACAUCGGAGGUGAUUUCGGUGAAUACAAACCUCUUCACUCCUCAGUCGACGCUAAGCUUGAAGCGAUCUGUAAAAGCAUGGCGGAGACUCAGAAACAGGACAAACAGACGAAAUCAUCAUCAUCAUCGAAGAAACGUGGUUCAUCCGUGAAGCCAGAGAAGGUGGUCUCGUCGCCAGAUCCGUCGGAGGAGAAGGUCAAGGCGGAGGAAAACUCGGUCUCGAUCGGUGGAUCUCCAACGUUGGAAGAGUCCACCGCCGGAUCUUCGCCGCUGUCGGACCUGACGUUCGCUGACCCGGAGGAGCCGUCGCAGUGGGCGGAGACGACGUUCUCGUUGGAGAAGUAUCCGUCGUACGAGAUCGACUGGGAUUCGAUUCUAGCUUAGAGGGGCAAAAUAGGAAAAUCCGCCGCUUGCAAUGGAGUUUUUGUGAAAUUGCUUGACUGGCUCUCUUUUUUAUUUUUAUUUUUUUUUUUUUUUAUCAGAGUAAAUUAUGGUUUAGGAGUUAAAAUUUACGCACUACUGUUAAUAUUUGGUUAUUAUGGUUUGUAUUAUUAUCUCUGUGUCGGUCCAGCUUGCGGGUUUUUUGUCAGGCUGUCGACCAUGCCACAGUUUAUGUAAUCUUUUGUCAUAUGUAAUUCCUAUCUUCAGUUUCUUUUAUCUCAACGCUACUUUAGUUUUUUGUACUGCAUGUAAUUGAAAUCGUCUAUUAUGAUUCUCUUA